AGCGGGCCUGGAAAGGCAAGAUAAGGUCGAAUUCAAGUCACAACACGAUGGCCUUCCCAAGACUUCCUGCCAGGGCAGCCUAUAUCAACCUCUCCAAUCCUCACAAGCGGAAUGCCCUCUCCCUCGCCGUCCUCCGCGACCUUCGCAGGCAGCUCCACUUUCACCUCAAAUGCCCUGUGACGGGCGAACCGGUGCUCCUCCCACCCUUUCAGCCAGAUCUCAUCGACACCCUCGAGGCUGCUGCUGAGGGUGGCAGCAAGUCAGACGAUCUCCAUGCAUGGCUCACCCACGCCCCAACAUGGCGACGCAGACGUGCAGACCAGCCACGGGUCCUCGUCCUCCGCAGCGAAGGCCCUGUCUUCUCGUCGGGCCACGACCUGGCCGAGCUGUCGAGCCUCUCCCGAGACGAGGUGCACGAGACCUUUGCACUCUGCGCAGAGGUCAUGUCCCUCAUCCGACGCUCGCCCGCGGUCGUCGUAGCCCCGGUCCAGGGACUGGCCACCGCGGCAGGGUUUCAGCUGGCCAUGACUGCCGACCUCCCCAUUGCGCUGGGCGACACCAAGUUCCAGCUGCCGGGCAUGGGCAUUGGCCUACCCUGCACGAGCCCUGCCGUUGCGGUGUCGAGGCGUGUAUCGCCGGGUCUGGCGUAUCGGAUGUUUGCCACUGCUGAGUCGGUUACGGCUGCGGAGCUGGGGGCGGGCGUGCUGGAUGUUGUGCCUGUGCCGGAGCAUGCGGAGAGCACGGAUACCAGGGCGAAGGCGUUUGAGGAGAGGGUGGCAUCUGUAGUGGGGAGACUGGUGGAGACGUCUGGUCAGGCGCAGGCGCUGGGCAAGUGGGCGUUCUGGACGCAGCUUGGGAUGCGCGGCGGACAUGGCGAAGGUGGCGGUGCCGAUGGGUAUGAGGAUGCUGUCAGGUGGGCUGGGAGGGCUAUGGCGUUGCAUGCGAGGAGCGAGGAUGCUAAGGAGGGCAUUACGGCUUGGAGGGAAAAGAGGAGGGCGGAGUGGAAGACGUGAAUGCGCUGUCAGGUGCGUUCGUUUGAUUGUGUAGUCUUCUAUUUGUACAGAUUCAGGCACCUCAUCUUCUUUGUCCAAGGAUACCCCAAAUACAGCGCAGUUCAUCGGCC